AGCGGCUGCUCCGUGACUCGGUCUCCAUAAGAGAAGCGCGCUGAGCAACAACUGAUGCGCCGCGUUUGAAGCCUUUUCCCCACGAGACACGGAUGGCAGAGCAUCGUGCGGGAAGAAGUGGACUGAUGAACUCACAACAUUCCCAAGAAUGCUAUUCGUCAGCACUGCUAUGAAGCAGUCUUUCCACCCUGUGCAACCUUGUACCAAUAACAGGAACACCUGAAGAGCCUUAACACAUAUUCAGCACUGUGGACAGAUGAAGUGCACAAUACGAGCCAAAAAUAAAUCAUUGCAGAGACAAGCCUGACAGAGGCCUCACCACAACACAUUCACAUUGAGCCUGUACUGAUCUUUCCUAUAUUGGUGGUGGUAAACAUAUUGCCUCAUCACCUCAUAUUGCCUAGACACCUCUCCCCCCAAAGAACCCUCACAGUGCCCCUCAGAGGGGCAAUGCCAGUCUUGCUAAAUGCCGACGCCUCCUUCAGCUCCAAACAGGAGCUUUUGGACCUGCAGGACUGCCCUCUCAGCGGGGGUCCCUCUCAGGACACCCCCAGCCCUGUGGAUUCCCAGACAGGCAGCCCCGUAGGUUCUGGCCCCAGAAGCCCUGACAGCCCCGUAGCCGAUGUCUCUGUGCGGCCCCACAUUUUCACCGGGGCUUCAACGCUCCCUGGGCAUAUGUAUGGGGCUGAAACAAGACCUCAAGCAGAAACUCCUUUGGGGUUAAGGCUGAUAUCCAAUGACUCAGACCUGCUAUGUGGCUGGGGAGCUCUGACACCCAAAGCCAUCCAAGUUUUCAACACCCCUCGUUGGGUGCUGUUCUUCCUUUGUGUUGCCUCUUUUCUCCAGGGAAUGAUAAUCAACGGCUUCAUUAACACCGUGGUCACCUCCAUCGAGCGGCGCUUUGACCUGCGCAGCUACCAAGCUGGCCUCAUUGCCAGCACCUACGACAUCGCCGCCUGCGUCUGCCUGGCCUUUGUCAGCUACUUUGGGGGGACAGGGCACAAGCCUCGCUGGCUGGGAUGGGGGAUGCUCAUCAUGGCACUGGGUUCUCUGGUUUUUGCCUUGCCUCACUUCACCACGCCGCCCUACCAAGUCAACCUGCCCGAGCAAACAGGAAUGUGCUCGGCAAACCGCACCAGCCCGUGCCAGGACGAGGAGGGAGGAGGGUUGUCCAGCUAUCGCUUUGUGUUAAUGCUGGGCCAGUUCCUGCACGGUGUCGGUGCCACACCUCUCUACACGUUAGGGGUCACAUACCUUGAUGAGAACGUCAACUCCAACUAUGCACCUGUUUAUAUCGGAAUCUUCUACACAGCAGCCAUUGUAGGUCCAGCAGCAGGCUACCUGCUGGGAGGAUACUUCCUAAACAUCUACACUGAGAUCCACCUGACGACAGAGAUGACUCCAGAGAACCCUCACUGGGUCGGGGCUUGGUGGAUCGGCUUCCUAGCAGGAGGAGCAGCAGCUCUUCUGGUAGCGUUCCCCAUCCUGGGCUACCCACGACAGCUACCAGGUUCUCAGGAAUACGUCUCCAUGCGGGUAUCUGAGGCCCACCAGCUCAAGGACGGAAGUCACACCACAGCUUCAGACCCCCAGUUUGGCAAAUCAGUCAAAGACAUGCCCAGAUCUGUGCUGCUUCUUUUAAAAAACCCCACGUUCUUGUUCCUGUGUUUGGCUGGGGCUACAGAGGCCACCCUCAUCGCAGGAAUGUCUACCUUUGGGCCAAAGUUUUUGGAGUCACAGUUCAGUCUAAGUGCAUCAGAGGCGGCCACAUGGUUCGGAUACAUGGUGGUACCAGCGGGAGGCGGAGGCACCUUCUUGGGGGGCUACAUAGUGAAGAGGUUGAACCUGCGCUGUCGAGGUAUCAUCCGCUUCUGCAUGAUGUGCGCCAUGGUCAGUCUGCUUGCCAUCUUUAUCUUCCUCAUCCACUGCCCCAACGUGCCCAUGGCUGGUGUCACAGCACCAUACCAGUCGGGUCUGAUGGGGAAACAGCAACUGGACCAGUACAAACACCUGUAUGACAAACCCAGCAAGCUGCAGCCUAGAAACAGCUCAUCCUUGGACCUGAGUCUGACAGUGGACUGUAAUGCUAACUGCAGUUGUGUCAGAGAGCUGUACAACCCUGUGUGUGGGGCAGACGGCGUGAUGUAUUAUUCUCCCUGCCACGCAGGCUGCACCUCCAUCAACCACACCGAUGUCUCCACGGGAAAACAGGUGUACUCUGGAUGUAGGUGUGUGGUGGGUAAUGUGUCCUGGGGGGAGGAGGGCUUUGCUCUGGCAGGGAAGUGUGGCAGCUCCUGCCACCACAUGCCAACAUUCCUCUCCCUGCUCUUCAUCAUCAUCUUCUUCACCUUCCUCUGUAGCAUCCCAGCGCUCACUGCCACACUCAGGUGUGUUCCAGACAGCCAGAGAUCCUUUGGACUUGGUAUCCAGUGGAUUGUGGUGCGCACACUUGGUGGUAUUCCGGGACCCAUAGCGUUCGGAUCAGUGAUUGACAUCUCCUGCAUGCUGUGGCAGGAUCAGUGUGGAGAGCAGGGCUCCUGCUAUCUCUACCACAACUCAGCCAUGAGCCGGUACACACUAGUAGCUGGAAUCAUCUACAAGGUUUUGGGGACGGUCUUUUUCCUGGUAGCCAGCAUCCUGUACCAGCCUCCUCCAGAGUCACCGCAAACCAGCUGUGAGAGCACCGACCACGGCACGGGACACAUGAGUGACCUGCCUGUCAAAGACCUGCCUGAGGACGGCGUCAUCGUCAACCUGCACGCCCGGUUAUGAUGUCCGACACCCGCUAACCAGUGAGGCUGUCUGAUUGUGUGUGUUUGUGUGUGAGUGUAUUUGCCAGAAUGCCUUCAUGCACACAAAAACAACUUUCUAUAGCUGCUGUCUUGGAAGUAAUCCCUGCUUUGACCGCAUGUGUGUGAGUGUUUGGUGCCAAACAACAGAGGUUUUUAUCUACUAAGAAGCAUUUCUACAGAUAUGUCAAAACUAAUCAGUAAAAAUGACUUUUCAGAAUGUGAGUCCAAUGACAUUUGUGUUUCAGAAUCAUUACGUCAUGUCAUCGUCCUUCAAAAGCAUUUUUGAUGUGGUGACAACAAAAAAAAAGCAUUUAUAUCCACCUUCUUUUGUUCUUUCAUCUGCACCGGCAAAUAGUUACAGUGCUUUAUUAUCUACACAUAGAUGAAGCCAUAAUGUAAUAUAGUGUACAAGAUCCCCAGGUCAGCAACAAUGAAGCCAAAUCAUAUUUAUAUCAUACAUCCAAUAAAGAGCAUUAAAAUGCACUUACAGUUCCUAUAGAAGGUAUUCAGACUCCUUGACGUACCACAGACUUUAUGUUAAAUAGAUACUUUUGCUGUUUUUGCCCAUCACUUUUCACUCAACAAUCUGAACUGACACAUAAAAAAAAAGUCUUCUUGGGUAAGUCUCCACAAUGAGACCUGGGUUUUGACAGUUUAUCCUGAAAGAUCUUUCUUGUCGCAAGAUUGGAAAAGAAGCAACUGAGAUAAACUUCAGACGACUUGUCUUGAAGCCAGCUGUCUUGGCUGUUUGCCUCAGUUCAAUGUAGUGCUGAACUGUUGCCUCAGUAUGAGGUGCUUGUAUUUGGCUGCAUUCAUCCUUCCCUGAGUCCUGACUGGUCUCCCUGUUCUAGUAGGUGUCCAAUGGGACGUUCCCGAACAUGAGGGGUCUCGCUACCUUUGAACAUUAGAUGCUUGAUGGGCAUUCAACUGGACCAUAUCACCGUAGAUGAGAAACAAAUACAGACUACAGCCUCGUACAACUGUGCAAACACUGGCGCCUGAUGACACGAAUAUUUCACUUGUGGACUGUGUGCUCCUGGAUUUCAAACCGAAACCAAAAUGGUGGCUCACUUGAAAACUUUCUGUUGUAUUACAAAAACAGUUCACCAAAAUGUGCUUCUGAAAUCACAAGGUGAAAAAUAAGCCGUGCAGCCCAUGAAUCUGUCUUUAUUUUGGAUCGAGUUUGUUCAAAAGUUUUUCGAGAGUUUGUAGAAGCAUCUCCUGAUUUAGCUCAACUUUUUCCAAAUAAGGAGCAGUAAAAGACACGCCCCAUCUCUCAAACUGUCUCCUACUUAUGUAGACAAUAAAUGGGAAGUAUAAAAAUGAUGGAUUCUGUGGACACAUGCCAUUACUCUGAGCGCCCUCUGUUGAGCUGCUCUACCAAAAAGGCCUGAGUGAGAAGGUGCCACUAAGACGGUCAUCCUUCCUGGAGGUUCUCCAUCUCCACAUAGGACUUCUGGUGCUCUAACAGAGUAGGCUUUAGAAACAGCUGAUCUAUGCCUCACCACAGCUUUACCAUGGAGGUCUGUGAAGAAAUCCUUAGACUUCAUGGCUUGUUUUUGUUCUUACAUCCUGUCUGAAUCGUGGGACUGCAUAUACAAAAGUCUCUCUCUGCGGCAAACAGUUCAGUUUCUAAACACAUCUCAAGGAUUGAUCUGUGAAUUGAAUUAAUGUAACGUGAACAUAAACUAUUAAUCACAGUACAGCAGCACAAAUAUAUUUUCAAUUAGAAAAGCACAUAUGUAUAAGAGAUUGUAUUUCAAAGCAGUAAUGCAGGGACAGAAAAAAUCACAUUACUUUUGUGAUCUACAUAAAAUAGAUCUAUGUAUAGAUUGCUCUGCUGGCCGAUUUGGUAGUACCACUCUGAUGCUACUCUUCCAUAGGAAUUGAAUAACUGCACUUUAAAAGAAAUAUACAUUUGCAAAGUAUGUGUUAAAGCAAAGCAGGCAUUUAAAGGUGGAGUAAGUAAUUCUGAGAACACUGGAGCAGUGUUGGGUGGAUCGGUCUGAGCCACUUUGUUUCCCAUUUGCAGAGACAGAAUGUGUAAAACCACAAGAUUUUUUUGUUUUGUUUUUUUGUUUUGGUGCACACACAGAGCAGACAGCUUGCAGAGAUAUUUGCAGAUUUUGACAUAAACUGUCUUGGAUUAGAAUCACAUACUCCACCUUUAACACCUGCUUUUAAAAUAGUAAAAUGUUGCAAUAUAAUCUGUUGUUUUCUGUGGAGCUGCUGCAAAAAUAUGUGCGAAUAUCUGUACGUCCAUGGUGGACUUGGCAUGUGAAUUUGGACCUUGACCAGAAGACCUUUUCACAGAGGACAUGUUGAUCUGUCACAGCAGGAAAAUCAUUAACAAUGUCUCAGUGUCGUUAGGUGUCCUCAUAAAUCAUGACACUAAGCCAGACUGUGCAAUAAAAUGAUCCUAGAACUGGCUAACCUAAGUGGAAUGCAGUUAUUUUAAAUGCUGCACUUUUCCUGUUAUGACAAGCUAAAUGUCCACUCUAAAAAGGUCAAUUGAGGCUGUGUCUCCAGUGAUGACUGCUGAAACAACGGAGAGAGUCAGAAAUGGAGGAAUCUUUCUGAGCUUGUUAGCCGUGUCGCAUCAUUUAGUAUUCAGAUACUCUUCCCAAAGUAAGAAAACCUGAAAAAAAGCAAUCAAAUAAAAAAGUAAAGUCCAGGACAGGAAUUCAGCUUUCCUAAAAAAUCCCUUUAUUGCUCAAAAUUAGAGAAGAUUUAAUGGAUAUGGAUGAAACCAAGAUGUAUUUAGGUUCUAAAAAGUAAUUUAAGGGGCCUAUUCCAAUCGCCUAAAUAAAUGCAUGUCUGCGAGGAAAAACACUAAUUAGCUUAUAUAAAGAAACUAUUUAAUUGCAAACAUUAUUUUGAUGUUCUGGGCUGACAUAAUAAUGUUAGUAAAUGCAUUAACUUAAUAUUGUGAGUGAUUUAAACUCAAAUUUCUGUAUUAGUUGAUUUAAAACAAAAUGUGACUUAAUGAAAUUGGUUCAAUAACUUAAUUUUUCCUAAUUCAAACUCACUAAGUUCAGGAUUUCAAGUCCUUUCCUCUAUCUUGUCAUGCAUUAACAAUGUCAGAAAGUAAAUCAAAAUACCUUUGAUUGUAGAUGAACAGCUAAUUCCUGUAGCGUUAUUUGUUGGUUGAACAUAAUGCCAUUAGAAACUUCCUGAACUUUUUGAGUCCACACAUCUACAUUUUUCGAGUGUACAUGCACUGGUAAAUUAUCAAGGGGGUUUGGAGUUUGUGCACAAUGAAUAUCAAUUGUUUAUUAAAGUCCCAACGGUUGCAAUCACAAACAGUUGGUGCUGUAUAUUUGUCUUAGCAUAUUGACAAUAAACUUCAUAAACUGCUUUAAAAAUGCUGAAUGACAGAUACAUUGAUGAGAUGAAGUACAUUCUGUCACACAGCUAAUCAGCUACAAAGGCUUCUGACAUUUUGGAGCUCUCCGUUUGUUCAGUUCUGAUUUGACUUCUAUUGGUCAAAAGGGAUGAAGUGACUGCCACAGUGGUUGGCGGCUUUAAGUGUUUUGUGGCAGAGAUAUUCUGGGAAGUAGUUUGUAAGCUGGGGCUGCUGAAGGUGAUGCACAACUGGCACGACAUGCAGUAAAAGAAAUCAGCCUGUUAUUUGGACCUAAAUAUCACAGUACUGUAAGUCGACAAAUGUGCCAAAGCAGUUUUGCCUAACAACUCUUGUACUUUAUUGUUUAUCAUUGGCCUUAUUUAUGCAAUUAAUUUAUUUAUAAUAUUUCAGCUCUUAUAUUGGAGUUUCGCAUUUACUGUGUGAUGAUAACAGGAAUGCUGCCCCGGCCACCCUCUGUCAAAACCUCCACGUCUUGUCUACAUUGUUUAUGUGAUAGUGAAACACAACCUACUUGUGUUGCCUGUGUUAUUGUUGUCAUCAUGUACUCUGCUCUUGUACGGACUGACCUAAACACCUGAUGUUGAAGAGUUUGAUUUCCAUAUGAAUGUAUAUAUGCAGUUCUCCUAGUUGUGCUUUCGAAAUCAGUCCCUGAGCUUUGACAAGCCACUCUGUAAAACGAUUUUUAUUCUUUUUUAUUUUGUUUUUGGUACUGUGUUUUUCUAAAAAAAAAAAAAAGAAAAGAAAAAGAUAGAAAGAAAAAAGAAAUGGAAGCAGUGGACUUGAAAUCAAUGAUCUUUUUAUGAAAGAAAUUCAAAGAUGUCAAGUGUUUUCUAAUUACAAAAUCUGAACAGCA